AUGUCGACCUCUAGUGAAGAUGUGCUGCUACAAGUCGCCAACGUCCGAUACAAAAAGGGCGACGGUUCGCUGUUUCUCAUGGACCAAAGACUGAUUUGGAUGGUAGAAAAUCGAGACACCGUGGCCGUAUCGCACGCCUACGCUGAUAUCAAAUCCCAGAAAAUUUCUCCGGAAGGUAAAGCCAAAGUGCAACUGCAAGUCGUCCUACAUAGCGGCGCCUCGUCCACUUUUCAUUUCACUAAUAAAAAUGGUUUGCAAGGACAAUUGGCCGAUAGGGACAGAGUCAAGGACAUGUUGCAAACUCUAUUGCCGAAAUUUAAAAGAAAGGUAGACAAAGAGCUUGAAGAGAAAAAUAAAUUGCUGUCUACUAAUCCAACAUUGCUGCAACUGUAUAAGGAUUUGGUUAUGACUGAGGUUGUGUCCUCGGAGGAAUUUUGGACUCAGCAUGCGCAACAGUAUACACAAAAGACCAAACAAGCUCCUCAAGAAAUUGGAGUUUCUGGAGCAUUUUUAGCUGAUAUCAAACCACAAACUGAUGGCUGUAAUGGACUUAAAUACAACAUCACCCCAGAUAUAAUUGAAUGUAUUUUCAAGACUUAUCCUGCAGUCAAAAAGAAGUUCAUUGAAAAUGUUCCCACCAAACUUACUGAAGCUCAAUUUUGGACUAAAUUUUUUCAGUCCCAUUAUUUUCACAGAGACCGUAAAUAUGCUGAAAAUAAAGAUUUGUUCACUGAAUGUGGAAAAAGUGACGAUCAAGAAAUGAAAAGAGAUAUUCAAGCUGGAGUUGACGAUCCUCUUGUAAAUCUUACAGAAUUUGAUGAUAAAACUCUAGAAGAGGGUUUUGGAGGAAGCAAUGAAAAACCUACCAGCAAUAUAAGCACAGUGAGCCAAGCAAUGAUCAAAAGAUUCAAUCAACAUUCAAUAAUGGUAUUGAAAGCAACAAAAAACAAACUAAAUGAUACAGAAAAUCCAACUGAAUCCUCAACUAGUAAAGCUCCUGUUGAAGAACCAGUCAAUAAAAGGCAAAAAAUCAAACACAAAAUAACUUAUGAUGAUUUGGAAAGCAACGAGGAAGCAAAUGGCAAUAUUCAUCUGAAAUUAUCAAAAGUAGAAAGAUACUUGCAUGGUCCAAUGCCAGACACAAUCCCAGACAGCAUAAGCACCAAUGAAGCUUCACAAAUAAUGCGAAACAUCCUUCAGGAGGCAAGACAAUGGCAAGCCAGGCCACAUAUGCCCAACUAUGGCCUUGUAACACCUUCUGCUGCUAUUUUAGCACUUGGAGAUCUUUCACCCGGCGGUGCUCUUAUGAGAGGAUUCCAGGAACAAUCACUUGCUCAACUGGUACCUUCUGAUAUAGAAAAAGAUGUAAGGAAUUUAUAUUUGGCCCUCUGCGAGUUGUUGGGGCAUUUUUGGAAAUGUUUUCCUCCUACUUCGCCAAGUGCCGAUCAAAAAUUGGUGAAAAUGAAUGAAGCUCUACUCAGAUUUCAAACUGUGAAGCUGAAACCUUUUGAGGAUAAACUAAUAAGAGAGCUCACUCCGCUGUCUCAACAUUUAACGAAACAUUUAAAUCAACUUUUGAAUGUGGCCUAUCAGAAGUUUGGUAACUGGCAAAAAAUGAAGUCUAGAUAG